AUGAAGUUGUUUGCGGAUGUUCUUGUAGUUUUAGAUUUUGUGAAAGAGGAGGGAGGGUCAUUGGCAAACCAUCAACAAUCAUCUGGAAUCUUAGCAUAUUUUAAAUCAUAUGAGUUCGUGUUUUACUUACAUAUGAUGUAUGACAUUUUACACCUCACGGGUACAUUGUCAAAGCAACUUCAAAGAAAAGAUCUAGACAUUUUGGAAGCGGCUUCGAUGGUUAGAGGGACAAUGGAGGCAUUGCAGUCUUUUAGAAACAUAGGGUUUACUAGCAUUUUGCCAAAAGUAUUCUCUUUUUGUCAAACACACGAAAUUGAAACUUUAGAUAUGGAAGAGUUGUAUAUUGGUGAGAGAAAUCGUAGGACUACAAAGACUAAUAGGUUUCAUUUUGAGGUUGAAAUCUUCAACACGGUGGUAGAUAUGCAACUUACAGAAUAUCGGGAUUGGUUUAGUGAAACAAGAACCCAAUUACUAGAAUACAUGGGUGCUUUGAGCCCUUGUGAUUCAUUUGCACAAUUUGACAAAUCAAAGUUAUUGAAGUUGGGUAAGUUAUACAAGUAUGACUUUGAUGAUUCAGAUAUGAUAGACCUUGAAGGGCAACUUGAGAUAUUUUAUCACUCUUGCAUCAAAGAUGAGCGUUUCACUAGUUUGAAAGGAAUUUCCGACCUUUCUCGUUUGAUGGUUAGUACAGGGAAGAAUCGGUCUUAUCCUUUGGUUUAUAAGCUUUUAAAGUUGGCUUUGAUAUUACCCGUAGCGACCGCAAGUGUAGAAAGAUGUUUUUCAAAGUUGAAGCUCUUGAAGACAGACUUGCGUAACAAAAUUGGCGAUGAAUUUUUGAACGACGCAUUGCUUUGUAAUGUCGAGACGAAAGCACUUACGAAAGUUGAGGAUGAAAAAAUGAAUGGAAUGGAAAUGAUAAAUGCAAGUUUGGAAUUGAAUGACUUUGAUAAAGUAAAGGGAAGGCUAAUUCUAGCCUCACCACGGUGUAGUGAGAUGCUUGUUGCAACAUGGUGGCGAGAUGGUGAUUUAGGUGGAUCCUCCAUCGUAAGUCGUGGGCAACGUACUUUUCUCCACGAUGCGGUAUAUGGUUACCACAACAUGGUGAUCAAAGUAGGUUGCCAUGGAUAUUGGUCACCAUGCCAUGGCACAAGGGAGACCAUAAAUUUAUUUCAUCCACCGCGGUUUAUUAAGGUCUUCACCAUGAUGUAG